AUGAAAAAGCAAGACAAGCAACAAGAGAAGAAAACAGACACCGUGCAGAGAAACCUGCACGAGCUGCGCAGCAGUCUGAAGCUGAUGGAUAAACUUCAACACAAGAUCCUGGAGGAGACAGAGCCUUUCCAAACCAGCAAGGCUGUGCAGCCAGUCUCCUACCAGCUGGAGAAAGAGAGAGAGAACUUUGGUCUGACGCUGGAGACUCGAGGCUUCUCCCCAGAGGAGCUGUGUGUCAGGCAGGUGGGCAGGAAGCUGAGAGUCAGUGGGAAGACAGAGGAGAAGCAGGAGGACGGGAAAAGUCAAGUCAAAUUUAGGAAAAGCUCCUACUCUUACAGACUGCAGGAGUUCAGACAGGAGUUUGAUCUGCCUGAAGGGCUGAACCCUGAAGCCGUCACCUGCCACUUGUCCCCAGACGGAAAGCUCCGCAUCCAGGCAGCCAAAGCUCCAUGUGCUGAAGAGGCAGAGAGAGAGCUGACUAUCAAGAGGAGCUCAGAGGAUGAAACACAGCAGAGUGUGUGUUCACAGGCAGGAGAGAGCAGGACAGAGACACACAACAGCACACAGGACAAACCUGAAAACAUGGACUGA